UGGCCAUAUUGUUUUAUUACGCAUUUCGGUCGUAGCUCCCACGUGUCCAAGUAUUGAAGUUUCGCAUUAAAUAAUUUAAUUACUUGAAAUACAUAGAUCGAUUGAUCUCGAUUAGUGUUAUUGCGUCCAGUGCAGUCAGUGCAGUUAGUGUUGUACGCAGUCAUUACGUCAUUCUCACGAUAUAUUCGGACUUCAAUAAUCAACCGACUGAUCAGAAUUGGUUCUGCCGGUUACAUCUACACAAUCUAUAGAAACAUGCCGUUGCCCUACGCUGUUGUAUCUUUUUUAAAUGAUGAUUCUGACGAUGAACAAGUGACAUCUGAGGUCCCGAGUUGUUGGUUAACUCCCAACAAUACAAAAUGCUGGUGGCCUAAGACAAAAAACAUAAGUGCAUUCAUGGUUAAAAAAGUAUUGCCCGAUACUGAAGAUCCUAAGUGGGAAUUGUACGACGUCAUAUUCGAAAACUAUUUUGAUUUGAUGGCAACCCUGAUUAACAGCAGAGAUAGUGAGAGUUUGGAAAAAGCCAGAAAAAAAGCUGAGAGUAUUUCAUCAAGUGAUGAACAAAAUAUACCAGAUAGAAAACGGAUUCAAAGAAAAAAGAAAUCUAUGUCACAAAAAAAAAUUAUUGGAAAUUCAGACAGCGAACAAGAAAUGUCAUGCAGAAACAUGCUUAAAAAAAUUCCUGAUCUACCACAUAAUUACGUCACUAACAACAGCAUGCAGUUCGAUAUUGAAAAUAUUCCUGUUAUUUAUGAAGAGACCGAUGAACCAAAAGGUUAUCCAUUAACACAAACUAACAUGACUUUUGACUGUCAGGCACCCACAUCAAAGAAAUCAGACUCCAUUUCAAUUAGAACACUGAAUUGCAGUCCAGUAAAGACGUUUUGUGCGUUUACAAUGACAUCAUCAACCGAUAAGCCUCACGAAACAUUAACACAAAAUGAUUCACUUAAAACCACACGCAACGUCCCAAAAGUGUUAUCGCAGCAAGUACUUACCAAAGCUCCAAUUGAAACAGAGCAGAGAUUACUUGUAGCACCAAGUUCAUCACUACCAGUAUAUGAUGCAAUAACUACCUCUUUGCCAUUGUACACAUCUAACAGAUCAGAUGCGUAUACACAAGAUAGGUCCGAGUCUUUGGUACGAAUUAUUGAAGAUAAUUUUAAUAAAUUAUUCAAAAAAGUUGCUGAAAUAGCAGUAGAGGUAAAAUCUUUGACAGCAAGUUUGAAUAAAUUACAAACAAGAUUUCAUGAUGACACCGACACCCCUGCAAGUGCUGAACUGCUCAUGAUCACAGAUUCGUUACCAUUUCCUACAAUUGAUAAACUGAAGGACUUUGAAUACCAAUUGGAAAUAAAUGCUACCCUAAAAUCUAGUGUGGGAUCAUAUUUCAAACGAAUUGGAGGUAGCGGAGCAAAAGAUACUACAUUGCGUAUUCUUCGAAGAGUUUUCUCAAAUGCAGUGGCUCAGAAUUGUUCCUGGUUGGGCCUACGUGAUAAUUUUUCAGUCCAAAAUUUGGCUAUAAUAAAGAUCACCAAAGAUCUAUUUUUAUUUCCUAGAUGCAGUAAUGGUGAAUUAUAACAUGACGGACAAAGAAUUUGAAGAAACUUGCAGUGAGUGGUUCCGUCAAGGAAAACAAAGAUUUAUCAGAGAAGAGAAGGCGAAGGCCAAAGCACGAGCAUAGAGGAAGCACGAGCAAUCGCACAAGUUCAUACUGUAAAUUAACCACAGUUCAACGAAUUGGAGUCAAUCUUAUAUUUAAUUUCAAUUUAUUCUUGUUUUACAACUUACAUCUGUACUGGCUCAAGUUAAUUCAUGAUACUCACCUACAAACUGCAAUUCAUAUAGAUUUUUAAGUUCAUUUGAUAGCUUUCAUACCUUCAUAUAUCUUAAUCUUAAAUAGUUUGAAGCUAAUUUCAUACCUCGAAUGUUUACGGUGCAGUAGUUUCACAUCAAAACCACAAUUGUAUCAUGUUUACCAUGUACUUUGUGGUUUUGUAGUAAAACUCCAUACUAACAGUAUAAAUAUUGUCCCACUUUCCGGUGAUGUGAGCAACAUAUUCGACAUGGAGUUGGAUAGAAAAAUUAUAAACAAACUACACGGAAAAAUGAUAUAACGGUAGUUACCUUGCGAAGCCACUAUAUAUAGCCUAUACGUUCAUUUUGAAUUUACGUAUUUUUGAAAGGAUUCCAAUUCUUGUUUUAUCGCGAAAUAUAAUACCAUAUAAUACAGCCACAAGUUACAUUACAGGUACAUCAGUGUUGACUUGAUUCCACAUAGGUUAUCUAUGUACCUAAGUAAUUUUUUGUUUAGUUCCGUAUACGUUUCAUAACGUAAAAGUCAGAUACUGGUUGUAGUAUUACUCUUUUUAAAUGUUCAUUAUCAUAUGAUAUGUAAAGUACAAAAUACCCUGGUGGGAAUUUCUACGAAUUUCUAGGGAAAUUGGAACAGUUUUCAUUGAAAAUUAUUGUUUUUUUUUUUUUGUAGUUUAUCAACAAAUUGUAGAUCCCGUUGUUCAUUUGAAAAAUUGUAGAUUUUUGUAGUGAUUCAGAAAACCUCGUUUUUGUCAAUCAAAUUGGAAAGAACUAUAAUUUUUUUUAUAAAAACCUAAACUUUAAUUUUCCUUGAAAUUCGGACUGAUUAAAUUUUCAGUUACGUUCUUAUGGCAAUUUUUUUAUUUACUUUUUCCUAUGGGCCGUUCGAGUCCUCAGCGCUUAUUAUAGAUUGUGAUUGAUAUCUACUAUAGUACCUAAAUAUUGUUACUUAUGUGAUACUACGGGUGAAAUUGUGAGAUUCUUAUGAUCUCCAAGAACCAUGUUAAGUAGUGUGUACUUAUUUCUCGCUGUAACACGUUGAAUUUUGAUAUUCUAUUACCUGUAUUAUAUUAAGCAAAAUACGUAUAACGGUAUUGUAUACCCGUUUCCCUAUUGUCACUUGUAUGACACUACAUCUUGAUUUUCUAGAUUCUAGUACCUUUGUUAUUUUGUUAUAUUACUCAUUUCUAGCUGGUUACUUUUAUGACACAUGGUAUUUCGAUAUUCUGGGUGGUAAUAAAUAAUCUUUUCCAUAUA